AUGUUCGACCUCAUGUACCACGUCCCGACCACUACCGACCACGGCGAUGAAGGUCUUCUGCGUCAUGCCGAGUGCGAGGUUCAUGCGCUGCUCGAGGUCGGCCGGGUCUAUGGAUGCAGCGAUGUCGUCAGUCUACACAUCGACAACGUCCUGAACAUUUACCGCGAAACCAUUCUCGACGAAUGUCGCAACAAACCGGUUUCGAUGCUUGAGGUAGCGGUCAGAUAUCAGUGUGAUUGGAUCUUCAGAGAGGCCGGCUUGCAUCUGCUCGGACGAAGCAACAAGAGGUGGGACCUUGCUCAAGAUCGACUCAAGGAGCUAGGCAUCCAAGAGCUGUUUACAGCGAAGCGUGAGGAGUUCGUGUCAAAGCUUAAAGCUGCCGAUCACGACCUCCUCAGCAUGUCCGUUCGAUACGAGAGAAGCACAGUAACCGGAGAGCAGGCAGUUGCAGAGAUGGAGCUACCGCUCGCAUUCUUCCGCAGCUGGCUAAGUCCAAAAAUCUGCAACGCCGGAAAGCAGGGCCAUCGACUCCAUCCAGGAUAUGCGGAGGUGUACCACAGGCUUGUGAGAGGCCGGGAGUUCCUUCCUGGUUACAACGAAAUAGGUGAAUACCUGCGUAAGUCGCACGGGCUGGAAUCAGGGUACGGUCCUAGUGUUGCGUUCGUGGCGGAUCUCCAGAUGGGGGUGGAUGCGGUUUUCAAGGUGGCGGCGGAUCGAGUGAAGCAUCUCACGAAGGUUGAGACGGCGGCGAAGUACCCAGAUGAGACUUCGGUUCUUAGCCGUGGGUUGACUUGCAUGGAGAUCUCGGAUGAUGAGCUGCCCUGGGGAAAGGAGUAA